AAGAAAGCUAGAUACUGGAGAAGGACGCUUGACCGCUCAUGUGUUGAUGUGUAAAUUCUGACAGUACUUGAAGGCCUCAACAGUCACGUGAAGAAUCACGUGAAAGGCGGAGACGCAGUAGCUUAACUCCAAUUUGUAAAAACAGAAGAAGAAGAAUGACGACAGCGACUCUGACUGCGGGUCUGGAGCGGAUCCCGGAUCAGCUCGGGUACCUGGUCAUCAGCGAGGACGGAGUCCUGGCCUCUGCAGGUGAGCUGGAGAACGAUGAACUCACAGCAGGUGUGAUGAUGCAGAUGGUUCGGACUGCCUGUCGCUUCCGGUUACCGGGAGCAGCCGAGCCGCCCUUCAAACGCAUGUCAGUGAUCCUGGAGGACUUCGUCUACACGGUGACGGUUUCUGGUCAGAAAGUGUUUGUGGUCAAACGUCAGAACAACCAGCAGGAACCAAUCAGCGUGUAGCGCCGGACACAGGAAGUGAAGCGGAGGUCAAAGGUCAUCAGAUCUGCAGCUGGACGCGUUUCUAACUUGGCUCGUGUUUUAUGUUUGAAAGUGUAUUUAACUGAAUAAAAUGAAUCUUUAAUUAUUUAAAUGUUUA